AGUGCUUAUUCCGAUCUGAUACGUCCGGUUUCCACCCCUAGGUAAAAGCUUGACGUAGAUUUAUAUUUAUCAUGAAUACAAGUUAAAAAAAAAAAGAAAAAAAAAAGGGAAAUGACGAAUAUUACACUGAUGUUAUCUAAAUGGUAUUCAUUCAGCAAUAACAGUGUCAAUUAAUUUUAAAUAUAUACCAGGCUAGUUGUAUCUUAAUUUAAAAAAAAAAUGAAUGGAAAUUACAGUAGACUGGGUCCCUUAAUUAUAUAGCCUUUCCGUCAACCCUAUAUAUAUCAUUCUAGUCAAGAUAUUCAAUUGAAAAAUCAUAGAUAAAUUGACUGAGCAAAGCUAUUGAAGUUUGCCUCCACUCAGCUAUAUAUACUCAUUCAAUUUUCCCACAAAUGAAAAGUAUCAAGUAUAACAAAAUGGUUAACUUAGUUUUGAUCUUGUCUUCUUUGGCAAUCCUUUCAGCCUUGCAAGGCAUCCUUGCUGUUCAGUACACGGUCACGAAUACAGCAGCCAGCACAGCAGGUGGGGCCCGGUUUGUAAGAGAUAUCGGGGUGCAAUACACCCUGCAAUCCAUGAAUGCUUCCACAGGUUACAUAUGGCGGACCUUCCAACAGAACACCGCAGCUGAUAGGAAAACUGUGCAGACAGUGAGCUUAUUUAUCGAUGACAUGGACGGUGUCGCGUAUGCGAGUAAUAAUCAGAUCCACGUCAGCGCCAGGUACAUCCAGAGUUACUCAGGCGACGUAAAGAAAGAAUUCACGGGGGUAUUAUACCACGAGAUGACACACAUCUGGCAAUGGAAUGGAAACGGGCAGACACCUGGCGGUCUGAUCGAAGGUGUAGCAGAUUUUGUGAGGCUCAAGGCCGGUUACGCACCGAGUCACUGGGUGGGCCCCGGUAAGGGUGACAGGUGGGACCAAGGCUACGAUGUUACGGCCAGGUUCUUGGAUUAUUGCAACGGACUUAGGAAUGGAUUUGUUGCUGAAUUAAAUAAGAAGAUGAAAACCGGGUAUAGUAAUAGUUACUUCGUUGAUUUGUUGGGGAAGACUGUCGAUCAGCUCUGGACGGACUAUAAAGCUAAAUAUGCUACUGCUUAAUUAAUUAACGCGAAUACUCGAUGAUGUUACUAGGGUGUUUUAAUUUGUGUUGUCAAUAUAUUAUAUGCUAAUAAUACGAAGCGUUUUGGUUUGGUUACAGUUU